GGCCAGGUGAUGGUGGGCCCCUGUACAUCUCCGGAGGAAAGGGGACCCCCGCCCAGAGCACCCGUGCCCCCGGGCUGCCCCAGUGAGGCGUUUGGACAUCAGCCCUAGGGAAGUCGGGCAGCUGUGAGUUUGCCUGUCUCCGUUAAGUGCCCUUAGGAUGCAGUGAUUAAGGAAUUAGGCUCUGCCUCCGGGAGGGGCACUGCCUGCGCUGUUGAACUCGGUGCAAAGAAAAAGGACAGAAAUGAUGCUUUCCGAGCAAGCCCAAAAGUGGUUUCCAACCCACGUGCAGGUCACAGUGCUCCAAGCCAAAGAUCUUAAGCCAAAAGGCAAAAGUGGCACCAAUGACACGUACACUAUAAUUCAGCUGGGCAAGGAGAAGUACUCCACCUCUGUGGCUGAGAAAACCCUUGAGCCAGUCUGGAAGGAAGAGGCCUCUUUUGAGCUACCUGGAUUGCUAAUGCAGGGGAAUCCAGAGAAAUACAUUCUUUUCCUCAUAGUUAUGCACAGGUCCCUGGUGGGUCUGGAUAAGUUUUUAGGGCAGGUGGCCAUCAAUCUCAAUGACAUCUUUGAGGACAAACAAAGAAGGAAAACAGAGUGGUUUAGAUUAGAAUCCAAACAAGGAAAAAGAGCCAAAAGCAGGGGUGAGAUAAAGGUCAAUAUUCAAUUUAUGAGGAACAAUAUGACAGCAAGUAUGUUUGACUUAUCAAUGAAGGACAAAACAAGAUCUCCUUUUGCAAAAUUAAAAGAUAAGAUGAAAGGUAGAAAAAAUGAUGGAACAUUUUCUGAUACAUCUUCUGCAAUCAUUCCAAGUUCUCACAUGCCUGAUGCCAAUGCUGAAUUUUCAAGUAGUGAAAUGCAGAUGAAAGCUAAACCAAAAAAGCCUUUCCUUUUGGGUCCUCAGCGACUCUCUUCAGCACAUUCUAUGUCUGACUUAACUGGGGCCCACAUCUCUUCUGAGAAGCUGAAGUCGGGCACCAUCACUCAAACCCAUCUUCUCGGACGCCAGGUAGAUUCCUUUGGAGCAGUUCCGGAAAGUGGAAGUCUCAAAUCUCCUCACAGAAGAACAUUAAGCUUUGAUACUUCUAAAAUGAACCAGCCCGACAGCAGUGUGGAUGAAGGUGAAUCGUCUUUCGGAAGACAAAAUGACCCAUUUACAAAUGUGACUGCUUCAUUACCACAAAAAUUUGCAACACUGCCAAGGAAGAAAAAUCCAUUUGAAGAAAGCAGUGAAUCAUGGGACAGCAGCAUGAAUUUAUUUUCAAAAUCAAUUGAAGUAAGAAAAGAAAAUAAAAGAGAGAAAAGGGAGAAAGUUAGCCUGUUUGAAAGAGUGACUGGAAAAAAAGAUAGCAGAAGAUCUGAUAAACUUAACAAUGGGGGAUCUGAUAACCCUUGUGACUUGAAAUCACCUAAUGCAUUUAGUGAAAAUCGCCAGGACUAUUUUGAUUACGAGUCAACCAAUCCGUUUACAACAAAAUUCAGGGCUUCAAAUGUAAUGCCAUCUUCGAGUUUUCAUAUGAAUCCGACAAGCAACGAAGACCUCAGGAAAAUCCCGGACAGCAACCCCUUCGACGCCGCUGCAGGCUAUCGGAGUCUGACCUACGAGGAGGUCCUCCAGGAGCUGGUGAAGCACAAGGAGCUCCUGAGGAGGAGGGACACGCACAUCCGGGAGCUGGAGGACUACAUCGACAACCUCCUCGUGCGGGUCAUGGAGGAGACGCCCAGCAUCCUCAGGGUGCCGUACGAGCCGUCCAGGAAGGCUGGCAAGUUCGCCAAUAGUUAAUAAGCCAAUGAUGCUGCGUUUAUCACUGGGGAGCAAAGAAAGGAAGGAGGAGAGGGAGAAAAGCUUGUUACUGAAAGAGACUCCACUAUCAGGUUCCAUUACACACUCUCCUUCAUUGUGAAAAAGUGUUUUACUUAGAAGUAUUAGCAGGGACUUUCAAGAGUGACCUUUGAAGUGAGCUAAGUCAUUUAAACCUUUCAAGUGAAAAUGGGCCAGAUUCUCGAUGAAUAAGCAGUUCCUUAGGAUUCACUUCGGUACAGGUGCUGGCCCACUAAUCUGCCAUAGGCCUAGAAAUUUCUUUAGAAGUACAUGACUUAUUCCUCAGGAACAGAUUUCUCAUAAAGCAGGAUUGAUACUGGGGUUGGCUUCUCAGAAGUCAAUUUGUAGACGUUUUGCUAUAGGAAUACUGCUCAUUAUAAACACUACUUAAAGAAGUUCAUAUUUUAUAUACAUACAUAUGUACAUGAAUGUCUGUUCAUGUAUUCUGUAUAUAAAAUACAUGCAUAUACCUCAUAUAUACAUGUGUUUGGGAACAUUUAAAAACAACUAGUUGCCUCUAAAAUUAGGAUACCAAUUUCUUAAUUUGAAAAUAUAUGUGUAGUCUAUCGAUGCAAAAACAAAUCAUCAUUGCUACUAUAAUGGCUUAUUAUAGAGAAGCUGCUUCAAAUCACUCUUGACUAUGUGAACCUUGGUUUCAGGACAAGCUGCUACUGUAUAUUAUUCCAACAACAGAUUUUUUUCUUUCUCCAAAAGUAAUGAUCCAGAGUCCUUUUUUUUUUUUUAAGAAUGACAUAUUUUAGGAAACGUCAUUAACUUUGCAAUAGCAUGAAUUUCUUGAAUUUUUAUCUUAACAUUUGAGUUUUGUUUGAGCUAUACGCAGAAGAUAAGCAAAUGUAAUUUGUUGAGAUUCUGAAUGUCUUUAAAAUGUUAACAAAGAAGAUACUAGGAAACUGUAUCUGAAGAUAAUUCAGGGGGAGAAAGUAGGUGAUUGUCUGAUGCCUGAUAACCCAAAACAAUGAGCAGAUUCUAGGAAUGAAGAAUUAGGCUUGGCUUCAGGUCACGUAAAUAAUCGAACAGAUGGUUACAUUUGGGUUCCGAACGAAAAUAAAAGUUACUGAAGGAGGGAUGAGUUUUCAGAACAGAUCUUUACUAAGCACAACAUUUUACACUUCUCCAUGUCCACCUUUGGAGAAUUGAUUGAUCACAAAACUGUAUGUUGGCUUUUUUUAAAGCCUGCUACCCCAAAAUGUUGCCUACUCAUGAAUUACCUUUAUAUAUGUGUACAAAAUUCAUCUAUGAUUUAAAGUGUAAAACAAUGAUAUAAAAAUAUUACUAAUAAUCUACUGCUUACUUUCUAGCCUUUAAAGUCUAAAAUACUUACUAUGAAAUACUGAAUCUGUCUUCUGAAUUUAAAAUGAAAAAUUCACCUGUAUGUGGAGAUACAUGUUCCCCAAUCCUUUACCAAACUGCUUUAUUGUCUAGUAUUUAUCGCUAAGACUUCAUUGAAAGUUAAAUAGACAGCACAUAUAAUAGUUUUGUUCAGUUUAGUAUUUUAAAUCAGAUAAUACUUGGCCAAGCUUAUAUUCAUAAGCUAAAAUCUCUUAUUACUUGUAUUUUCUGAGUUUCUUUAGUUUUCCUAUGAGAGCAUACACUUUGAAAUUCUGAAAAUUUUCCCCAAAUACAAAAAAUUAGAUAAUGUUUAAAAUGAGGAAAUGGAGAAGGAAAAAUAGCUUUUCCUCUACUUACAAAUUUUUGUAAUAAACCUUAUAAUGUGGUAUAGAAUUUUAUUUUCUCAUUUGAGGUCUUGGUAAUUAUUACUUUUGAAAGUGGUGCCAUUUUUAGUUAGCAUUUAUUAAAUGUUAACAAAAUUCUUAGCAUUUUUUUUCUCUUUUUGGUAUAAUUGAAGCUCUUAUGCUUUUUAAAAUACUAAAAUCCAUGUGUUUUCAGUAUUAUGACAGAUUAUCUACAGAUACUUUAAUAUGCUCUGGCCAAAUUUACUCUUGGUAGAAUGAGCCAGGCUGGCAGUGUUGUACUGGGGCUAUGUUUUAUGUGAAUAGAGCUCAUGAAAGAAUGUGGUUCGAGUGCUAGUGUUCUUUUUAUGAGGAAAUUCAUUGUUAAAGAGAGUUUUUUUCCCUGUAUAAAAACUGUUAAAGAUUAGACAUCCAUAUGUGAAUGAUUUGGUUAUAACUGCAUUGAUAUUUUUGUAUUUAAUUUUGAGAUAAGAAUUGUACUGAAAACUAAAUCUGUAUUUAUCACUGCCUGAAAUGUUCUGUUCCCAUCUUGAUAAACUUUCUUUCACUCACGACCUAGAGUAAAACUUACUAUAUAUUUCCAUAAUCAGUCAGUAUAAUGGACUGAAGACAAAAAGUAAAAAUGAGUUCCUAAGUAAACAUAUUAGUGCUACCUGUGUUUGGCAGAAGGGCACAUAGAGUAGUUUUAAUAUCACUCAUUGUAGAAAAAGCCAAAAAGAUCGCAUUAGUUUAUUUUUCCAAAAUAUAACUUUUACGUAUUCCAUUGGUAUUUGUUAGUAGCUAGAAAUGGAAAUAAAACAUAUGUACUCAUUAAAUAAUGUACAACACAGUAGACUUAUAGACAUGUGUUACUUUUCCUCUUAAGCUUAAAAAAGGCAUGCUCAAAAAUAUUUCCACCAGUAAGAGGAUUUUUUUAAAUUGUGAGGUUUAUAAUAAUCUCACACCUGUCUUAAGCUGACAUAUUUCUGUUACAUAAUUUAAAGUACUUCUGCUAAUAUUUUAAAAGCAGUAUUGUUUUACAACCAGUUCCCCUCCCAGUUCUAAAAUUCAGCUCGAAAGUAUUGAACAUACUUUCCUUCACUUGUGCUUCAAGUUCAUUUACUGACUUCCCAGGAGUACAUCAUAGGAUUGUACAUACAGUGCUGGUCACGGAAAAUAUUUCAGUAUUGCUUUCUGCUGCUGUAUUCUGCAUUCAGCCUGGUUUUGUCAUCCUCCCAUGAAUGUAGUAUUAUCCAUAGAUUAUACAUAACUGCAUCUGUUGCUUUUAGCAGUAAAUGAAGAUUUAUUUGUAAUUUUCUGGCUGUGAAACUGUUGCCUUGUAGUUAAAAGGGUUUCAUGAAUGGAAACCUCAGUAAAACUCAGCUCGUGAGUGACAGACUUGCUUUCCUCACCACCUCCUCCAGCCCCAUGUCCCUCUGCCGACCAUCCCAUAAGGAUGCUUAUUCUUUAGCAAGGAGAAUCUCCGGAAAAAAAAAAAUUGUUGUCUUUAGUAUUUCGAGUAACUGUUACACUAGAGCUUUUGUUUUCCUCUGUAGCUUUUUAGGAAAAGCAGCCUACCUUCGGUUUGUAAAGCAGGCUGAAACUUUUUGAUGUCCGCGUGCUCACGUGUCCAGUAGACGUGGUUGAUGUCACUCGUGUGUGUGUAAGCGAAAUAGGAAGCAUGUUCAUUCCUCCAUCUCUGUGAGCUUAAAGGGAAAGGAUCGCGGUGCUGCUGGUUCAUGAUCGUAGAUGGAAGAGUCUGUCAGCACACACUGAAAGCCCCCCUUUUCACAGACUUACGACUUUAAGAAUCCAGAUGCAGUCAUUGGAAGUAUUUAAUAUGCAAUAGGUAGCACCUUAACUAAUUAAUCUGAAUAUGAAGUGUUCUCUGAUGUAUUUAAUAAGAAGUGUAGAAGCUCAUCAAGCAGUUAACUAGAGUUGACAUUUUACUUCAUUUACUUUCCAUGUCAAAAAAUCCACUCUUACAAUGGAAUUGAAGUCUGUAACAAACGGUACAUUGGGCCUAGCAAUCUUCGAGCUUCCAGGUGGUUGGUAUUUUGAGGUACAAAAAAAAAAAUGCUGCAGAUCUAGAAAUGUAUAUAUUUAGCAGGUAUUUGAAAGAGACAAGCAUUAUUUAUAACUGAAGAGUAUUAACACUUAUUAAGUAAAAUGCUCUAGUAACUUGUAUACAUUUUUUGUAGGUACAAACUCAAAGGUAUGUAAGCAUUACAUAAUGUGACAGUUGUAUAAUUUAUGUAAUCUGAUGCAUGAAUCAGAAUUUUAUAUAAUAUAUGAUUAUUGGUUUAUUGUAGUUGAUUAAAAGUGUUUAAUCUUA